AACCUUUUUUAAUCUUGGCGGGGUGACUUCCGCUUCCGUUUUCGGGGCUUGGAGUCGAGGUGUCGCCGCUACCGCCUUUGGAACCAUGACUGCCACCCUCCGCCCCUAUCUCAAUGCGGUACGUGCUACCCUGCAGGCUGCCCUGUGCUUGGAGAACUUCUCAUCCCAAGUGGUGGAACGGCACAACAAGCCUGAGGUGGAAGUCAGAAGCAGCAAGGAGCUCCUGUUGCAGCCAGUGAUUAUCAGCAGAAAUGAGAAAGAGAAGGUCUUAAUUGAAGGGUCCAUCAACUCUGUACGAGUUAGCAUUGCUGUGAAACAGGCUGAUGAGAUUGAGAAGAUCCUGUGUCAUAAAUUUAUGCGUUUCAUGAUGAUGAGAGCAGAGAACUUCUUCAUUUUACGUCGGAAACCAGUUGAGGGCUAUGACAUCAGCUUCCUGAUCACAAACUUUCAUACAGAGCAGAUGUACAAGCACAAGCUGGUGGACUUUGUCAUCCAUUUCAUGGAAGAAAUUGACAAGGAGAUCAGCGAGAUGAAGCUGUCGGUCAAUGCCAGGGCUCGCAUUGUGGCGGAGGAGUUCCUCAAGAACUUCUAGACCAAGGGCUGGAACCCACAGCUUUGCUUUCUCAUUCUCUCUGCAUAGCUACUGUGCUGUGGCUACAGAGAGGGUCAUAGAGCGGGAGUGAGAUGAGAAGCAGCCAGACCUGCGGGGGCUGUCCCUGCUAAUGUAUACCAUGCUCGCCAGUGUGCCCAGGGGAGGGGAGGGUGCUUUUUAAUAUUUUUGGAAAAAAACUGUGCGUGUUUAAGACUGUGUUGACUUGAUAUCCUUUUUUUUAAAAUGACUGAUCACUUGCUGUAAUUCGUCUACUUGAGUCUUCUAGUGGCCAAGGCCUUGUGGGGAAGUUUUGGGGGUGGGGGAAAGAGAUUUGGUUGCUCCAGCAGCCCUCAUCAAGGAUUUGCUGCAGGAGUUUCAGGUCAGUGUUGUGCAUGCAAAAAUAGCCUCUUCGUUGCUGACAAAAUGCUGCCUUUCUCUCUAAUAUGGGAAUCCAGCAAAUGAGGCCUGAAGUAUAUGUGUCUUUGACUGAAUCAGCAGCCAGCCCUUGAGCUCUGCCACUCUGGGCUGUCCAUAUGGUGACUGUCUUGAUCUACCUUCUUGGCAGUGUGUUGGAGCCAUGAUUUUGCAGACAAGCUGGCUGCUGGAGAUGGCAGUGCCCUGUGCCAAGUCAGCCCAGUCUUUGGAGAGAUUGCGCUCUCCAGCCCACCUCUCCCCCCACACUCCCAAAAGGGAUCAAUGCAUUCUGAGCACAGUCCUGCCUCCUGCUCCUGUUCCCUUCCCCACCUGUGCCAGAGGGAGCUGUGAUGGGAGGGCCAGGCCAUGUAUCAGAAUGGGACGGAGCUGGAAUCUGUAACUCUUGGUUCUUUUUGCUAUGGCACUUGCUGUAAUUUUCUUAUUCUUCCCUGUUAUUAAAGCCUUUUUUCCUUGCCUCCUGA